CCCGGCCGCUCUGCUCCCUGGCGUGACUCGGCACUGAGAGUCCCGGGGAAGACGCCGCGGUCGCCACCUCCCGUGGUCAGGCCUCGGCCUUCCUGAGCCUCCCGCUCUUCCUCUCCCGGGUCGCCUUCUUCAGUUUUGAAGCCGGUGGCGUCGCGGCCGCCCUGCCGGGCUGAGAAUGGUGGGAGUGAAGCCGGUCGGGAGCGACCCGGAUUUCCAGCCGGAGCUGAGCGGCGCGGGCUCCAGACUCGCCGUGGUCAAGUUCACCAUGCGAGGGUGUGGACCAUGUUUAAGGAUUGCCCCAGCAUUCAGUUCUAUGAGUAAUAAGUAUCCACAGGCAGUUUUCUUGGAAGUAGAUGUACAUCAGUGUCAGGGAACAGCUGCCACCAACAAUAUAUCAGCAACACCUACAUUUCUGUUUUUUCGAAACAAAGUGAGAAUUGAUCAGUAUCAAGGAGCAGAUGCUGUUGGAUUAGAAGAAAAAAUCAAGCAGCACUUAGAAAAUGACCCUGGAAGCAAUGAGGACACAGAUAUUCCAAAAGGCUAUAUGGAUUUAAUGCCUUUUAUUAACAAAGCUGGCUGUGAAUGUCUUAAUGAAAGUGAUGAGCAUGGAUUUGACAACUGUUUACGUAAAGAUAUGACCUUCUUGGAAUCUGAUUGUGAUGAACAGCUUCUCAUUACUGUGGCAUUUAAUCAACCUGUUAAGCUUUAUUCAAUGAAAUUUCAAGGGCCAGAUAAUGGUCAGGGUCCUAAAUAUGUAAAAAUUUUUAUCAAUCUACCCCGAUCUAUGGAUUUUGAAGAAGCAGAAAGAAGUGAACCAACUCAAGCUCUGGAACUAACAGAGGAUGAUAUUAAAGAAGAUGGUAUUGUCCCACUUCGUUACGUUAAAUUUCAGAAUGUUAACAGUGUAACUAUAUUUGUUCAGUCCAAUCAAGGUGAAGAGGAAACAACAAGAAUUUCAUAUUUUACUUUUAUUGGUACACCAGUCCAGGCAACAAAUAUGAAUGACUUCAAACGACUUUUUUAAUGCAACUCAAAUGAACUAAAAACAGAAGAUUUUUAAAAAUGAAGUAAUAUAAAGAUUGACCUUAUCUCACCCUACUCCCCUCCUUGCUUCUCUGCUCAUCCAUAUAGCACCUGUCUGCUCUCACCCUUCCCAUGUUCUCGCCAUUGUUGGUGCAAGAUUUCUACAGCUUCCGUCAUCUGGAUCAGCCUUCUUGUUACCUAGAUUUCCUCAACCAUCUCUUUCUUCAAGUCUUAUUCUAGCCAUGCUCUGUUGGCCUUCUGUUUUGGUUUUUAUUUUGGGCUUGCAACUAGGUGCUUUAAUUUCGUUAUUAUGCCAUGUUGCUCCCCUGACUUUUACUUUUUUUACUUUCUCCUGUCUCAUAUUUCAUUUUUGUACUACAUUUUGAGAAAUAAUAUUGCAAUAAAAUGUUGUUAGUAAUGCUUUCA